AAAAAACUCGUUCACAUCUCAUCUUGAAACAAUUGAUCUCAUUCAGAUGGCCAGCAGCAGCACUCAAAGUAGCAGCAACACGUCUUCUUCGGUGGUGAAAUCUCCAAGGAGAAAUUCCUAUGACGUGUUUGUGAGCUUUAGAGGUAAAGAUACUCGACUUAAUUUCACUGAUCAUCUUUUUGCAGCCCUCCGAAGAAAAGGUAUUAAGGCAUUUAGGGAUCACACUAACCUCAAAAAAGGUGAAUACAUAGCACCCGAGCUCCUCCGAGCAAUCCAAGACUCUCAGAUUUUCAUUCUGGUUUUGUCUAAGAACUAUGCCUCCUCAACUUGGUGCUUGAGAGAAUUACACCACAUUCUUCUUCACUGCGGUCAACAAUCUGAAAAACGCGUUUUUCCAGUAUUCUAUGACGUUGAUCCUUCUGAGGUGAGACAUCAAAAAGAAACUUAUGGGGAAGCCUUAGCUAAACAUGCAGAAAGAUUCCAACAAGACUCCGAGAAGGUGCAAAAAUGGAGGACAGCUCUCUCACAAGUCGCAGAUCUCUCUGGCUGGGAUGUACGUCAUAAGCCACAACAUGCAGAGAUUGAAGACAUUGUUGAUCAAAUUAUAAAUAAAUUAGUUUCCAAAUUUUCAAGUCUUCCAAAAGAUUUAGUAGGGAUUCACCCUCCUAUGUGGGAAUUAGAAAAGAUGCUAGUUUUGGACUCGCUUCAUGAUGUCCGUGUUGUAGGAAUUUAUGGGAUGGGUGGAAUAGGGAAGACAACUCUUGCUAAAGCUGUGCACAACAAAAUCUCUCCACAAUUUGAUGUGUGUUGCUUUAUUGAAGAUUUAAGCAAAAGUUAUAAGCAAGAUGGUCCGAUCAGUGCACAAAAGGAAACUCUACUACAAAUUGCAGGUGACGAACAACUUCAAACAAGCAAUUCUCACAACACACCUUACUUGAUACGACGUAGACUGCAUCGUGUAAGGGCCCUUAUAACUAUUGAUAAUGUUGAUCAAGUUAAGCAACUCGAGGAAUUAGGCGUGGAUCGUGAAUGCUUAGGUCCAGGGAGUAGAAUAAUAAUAACUUCUAGAGAUAAGCAUAUAUUUGAAGAGUAUGGAGUGGAUGCAGUUUACCAAGCUCCACUCUUGAAUAAAAAAAAUUCUCUUCAAUUACUAAGUCGAAGAGCUUUUAAACUUGAUCAUAUUGUGAGUAGUUAUGAUAAGCUAGCACAUGAGAUAAUAUAUUAUGCAGGUGGCUUGCCACUGGCAGUUAAAGUAUUGGGUUCAUUUUUGUGUGGUCGUAAUAUCUCUGAAUGGAAAAGUGCAUUGGCAAGAUUGAGAGAAAGUCCAAACAAAGAUAUCAUGGAUGUGUUGCGAUUAAGUUUUGAUGGGCUGGAGGAACCAGAACAGGAAAUAUUUCUUCAUAUUGCUUGUUUUUUCCACUAUGGAAGUGAGAAAUAUGUUACAAAUGUUCUUAAAUGUUGUGGACUUAAAGCUGAUAUUGGAUUGAAACUUCUAAUAGAGAAAUCACUUAUAAUCCUUUCGGAAGAAAGUAGAAUUCAAAUGCAUGCUUCGUUAGAAGAUUUGGGCAUAAAAAUUGCUCAAGAAGAACCAAGAAAGUGGAGCAGGGUGUGGCUCGAGGAACAGUUUGACUAUGUUAAGUUGGAGAAAAUGGAAGAGAAGGUUAAAGCCAUUUGCAAUGAAAGAGGAAAAGAUUUAAUGAUCAAGGCAGAAACAUUGUCAAAAAUGAGUCAUUUAAGAUUGCUCAUACUGAUUGGAGUUGAUUUAUUAGGAAACCUCAGUUGCCUUUCUAACGAGUUAAGAUACAUGGAGUGGGUUGGAUAUCCUUGCAAGUAUUUGCCAUCAAGUUUUCAACCCAGUCAACUUGUUGAAUUGAUCUUGAGUUGCAACAACAUAAAACAACUAUGGAAAGACAAGAAGUGUCUCCCACAUUUGAGAAAAUUGGAUUUGAGCCACUCAAUAAAUCUAAGAAAGAUGCCAGAUUUUGAAGAUAUCCCAAAUCUUGAGAAACUAAGUUUUGAAGGAUGUGUAAAGUUGGUGCAUAUGGAUCCAUCUAUUGGAGUUCUAAGAAAGCUUGUUUUCUUGACUUUGGAAGAUUGCAUAAAUUUAGUAAGCAUACCAGACAGCAUAUUUGGUCUCAGCUCUCUUAAAUAUGUAAAUCUUUCCGGGUGUCGCAAAUUAUUUAAGAAUCCAAGGAUUUCGAAUAUAAGAGGAAACACAUCACAGUCCCAAUCAACAAUGUUCUCUAUCUUGAAAUGGACAGUUUUUCAUCAUUCGUUAUGCUCCCGCGCACCCAAAGAUUUACGAGGUUAUUUGUUGCCUUUCUUGGUUAACUUCUCUAACUUGCGUGAUCUUGAUAUUAGUUUUUGUGGCCUAAGCCAACUCCCUGAUGCAAUUGGAUGCUUACGUUGGCUUGAAGAAUUAAAUUUAGGGGGAAACAAAUUUGUAAGGUUGCCUAGUCUGAAGGAGCUUCAUAGACUUGUAUUUUUAAACUUGGAGCACUGCAAGCUCUUGGAAUCCUUGCCUGAACUUCCUUUUCGUGUUGCUAUCGCUCGGGAGCAUCGAGAGGACAUACAGAUAGUCAAAAAAGGAUUGGUCAUUUUCAAUUGUCCUAACUUGAGUGAGAAGGAACUUGGCAGUACUAUUAGUUAUUCAUGGAUGCCACAGUUUAUUCAGGCAAACGAAGUAUUCACUAAUGAAAUUUAUUUUGUAGUUCCAGGGAGUGAAAUACCAAGUUGGUGCAACAAUCAGAGUGAGGGUAAUUUAAUAAGAUUAGAUCUAUCUCCUAUUAUGUCUGGCAAUUACAGUAAUAUCAGUGGCAUUGCGUGUUGUACAAUAUUUUCUGCUGCACCUCUUGACCCGACAAGAUCCGCACGAAGAACUGGAAUAGAAAUAGGUAUUUGUAAUAGUAAGAUUAACAUUUGGCAUGGUAAGAGGCUCAUCCCAGUAAUUCUUGAAGGAGAUCUUAUUGAGAUAAAUUCAGAUCACAUGUGCCUGAUAUAUUUCCCUCUGAAAUCAUUCAUUUAUUUUCUGAAGUGCUUAGACGAAACUCUCAGCGAUCUUGAUCAUUUUCAGCUUUAUGUUAGUAUUUGUAAUUGUGCAUAUAUUGGUUUUGGUGAAGUUUCGGAUUUGAAGGUUCAGAAGUGUGGGUAUCAUUGGGUAUAUAAACAAGAUCAUGCAUCGCAGGUGAAACUCCUUAGCUCAAAAGUGCAAGAUUCGGCAAUUGAAAACGAUUAUUGAAAUGUUCCUAUAAUUUGUAAGAGAGUGUGUGUGUAUGUAUUAGAACUCACUAAGCUUUGAUCAAAUAAGUGUUUGAAUAAUCUCUUGUACUGAUCUAAACCUGUUGUUGUAUUUUGUUGUAGUUCGAACUGACAAUCUAGCUAAUACACAUUUACAAACUAAUGUAUCAGAAUUAUGCGCAACAUGUAAGGUUUGUGUAAGACCUGAUAGAUAGAAGCUCAGAAACAGUGUUAGGUGACAAUAAGAGAACCAAGAUUGAAUACAAGAUCACUAUUAACCGCAUUUUAUAUUUUUAUAAGACAAACUCCAUGAAAUCUGCCUAUAAUAACAGAAUUUGCGGUCCCUGCCUUGAUAAAUAAGUAAUAAGGUCAAUUAAACUUUCUGGUGGUGUGAUAUGUUGAUGUAUAUCUACUAUGAUAUUUGGUCUAUGUGAAAAUCUUCAAAGACAAUACCAUGUGAUGUUAUAUCAACUCUUGUCUCCUUGUAGAUUCUAUGACCCCAUCCUCCUAAUCUUUCAAGUAGCCUAUACAAAUCAUUCACAUUCUAAAGUAUUACAGUAUCAAAAACUU